AUGACGCAGCAGAGAAAGAAGCUUCUGAUCGACACAGAUCCUGGCGUUGACGAUGCAAUGGCAAUCUUGGCAGCCUUCAACUCGCCAGAGGUUGAAGUGAUCGGGCUCACAACGGUGUUUGGUAAUGUGUAUACCCAGACAGCUACCCGUAAUGCUUUCAAGCUGCUGGAGUUGGCUGAAAUGACACAGGUGCCUGUGGCCGAGGGCGCUCAUGUAACACUGAAUGGUACACCAAAGACAUGGGUGGCAGACUUUGUGCAUGGCACUGAUGGUUUUGGAAACAUCAACAUUGACAUCGCAGAGGGAACAAAAUGGAGCGGCUGUGCUGCUGAAUUCAUUGUUCAGACAGUCAGAGAGAACCCUGGGGAAGUCAGUAUCCUAGCUUUGGGGCCACUGACCAACAUUGCUAUUGCAAUGCAGCUUGACAGCAGCGUAGCAAGAAAUGCGGCAGAAAUAGUAGUCUUAGGGGGAGCAUUUUUCGUGAAUGGCAAUGUUAACCCUGCAGCUGAAGCCAACAUGUAUGGAGAUCCUGAAGCAGCCGACUUCGUGCUUGGGCAAGGUGGCAACAUCAAGAUAGUCGGGCUUGAUGUGACCCACAGUUGUCAAUUCACUGGCACUGAGUUGAGAGGGUUGCAAGACAGGGGGCGCUUUGGAACAUUUUUGUCAGAGAUCACGGCGUUUUACCUCAAGUAUCAUAAGGAUUCUUAUGACAUGGAUUCUGUGUAUGUACAUGACCCAUCAGCUCUGGCUGCUGUCCUGCAACCCGCGCUUUUCACAUGGAGAUUUGGUCAAGUCAGGGUGCUGACAGAGAGCGUGGCAACUGGGAUGACUGUGAUGGAUGUUGGGUUGAAGCGCUGGAACAAUCCCCAUGGCUGGACGGACAGAGCCAAUGUACAGGUGGCAGUUGCAGUAAAUGCUGCAAAAACGACCACAAUGCUUCUGGAGCGCAUGGCAGCCUGA